CUACCAAGAACAAAACCAUCUUGAUACUAACCUCUGCCCACCAUGUCUGUCACACUACACACAAACUUCGGAGACCUCAAGGUCGAAGUCUUUUGUGAGAGCGUUCCUAAAACCGCAGAGAACUUCCUCGCGCUUUGCGCAUCCUCCUACUACGACGGCUCACCCUUCCACCGCCUAAUCCCCUCCUUCAUGGUCCAAACCGGUGCGCCCGCCCACCCGAAUCCGCCCGACAACCCCAAGGGCGGGCGGUCCAUCUACGGGCCGACGUUCGAAGACGAGAUCCGCCCGGGCUUGCGCCAUCACGAGCGGGGGAUCGUCAGCAUGGCCAACAAGGGCCCCAACACCAACGGCAGCCAGUUCUUCAUCACAUUCGCGGCUGCCCCGCACCUGGACGGCCUCAACACGGUGUUUGGCAAGCUGCUGGGCGACGAGUCGCUCGCGACGCUGGCCAAGAUCGAGGCGGUCGAGGUGGACAAGAAGAACAGGCCCACCGAGGAGAUACGGAUAGAGAGGGUCACCAUUCAUGCGAAUCCGCUGGCUAAGUGAAGGUGAGGGGCCACCAAGAAGCAGAAGGACAUUAUUACGUCAGGAAACCUCUCCUGCGAGUGGUGCGACCGGGACGGGCACGCGUACGGUGGAUUGCCGGCACGCGGCCUCUUCCGACUAGGUAUGCGAGAGAUGUAGCACCGGCGCAUGGCAGCCCUGCACCCCGGGCUGGGCCAGGCUCCCACAAGGCAAGGUAAUAUAGAUCGCCCUAACGCGCAUCAAUAUCGCUGAGAACAGGGCUCAACGGGACCGGCCAGCCGAUACCUACCCAGCAAGUAUCUGGUUAGUCCAGCUGGCGAUACCAGGCUGACAGAAGAAGGGAUAUGGGAUUAAGGGCGACAGUUGCAUGAGACACCGCCGAGG